GGGCGAGCGGUGUCAGCGGCGAAGCCGGAUGCGGGCGGCACCGCGGCUGCUGCUGCCCUGGGGAUGGGCGGAGCCCCAGCCGCUAGUGCUGGUGGCCGCCGCCGCUGCCGGAGCCGGAGCCCAAGCCGCCUCUGCUCCCUCGCGUCGCUGCUUCCCGGGGCGGCGGUAUGCUGGGGAAAGGGGUAGUUGGUGGUGGUGGCGGCCCCAAGGCGCCCAAGCCGUCCUUCGUGUCGUACGUGCGCCCUGAGGAAAUUCACACAAAUGAAAAGGAAAUAACGGAGAAGGAAGUAACACUUCACUUGUUGCCAGGUGAGCAACUGCUUUGCGAGGCCAGCACAGUUCUGAAAUAUGUCCAGGAAGAUUCCUGUCAGCAUGGGGUCUACGGGAGACUGGUCUGCACAGACUUCAAGAUUGCUUUCUUGGGGGCUGAUGAAUCUACAUUGGACAAUGAUGAAACUCAAUUUAAGAAUAAGCUUAUAGGAGAAAAUGACAUUACACUUCACUGUGUUGAUCAAAUUUAUGGAGUGUUUGAUGAGAAAAAAAAAACUCUGUUUGGACAAUUGAAGAAGUACCCUGAGAGACUCAUCAUCCACUGCAAAGACCUGCGAGUGUUUCAUUUCUGUCUGAGGUACACAAAGGAAGAAGAAGUCAAAAGGAUUGUCAGUGGCAUAAUUCAUCAUACUCAGGCUCCUAAACUGCUUAAACGAUUGUUUCUGUUUUCCUAUGCAACUGCUGCACAAAACAAUACAGCUGCUAAUCCCAAGAACCAUACAGUAAUGUUUGACACGCUGAAGGACUGGUGUUGGGAACUGGAGCGGACCAAAGGCAACAUGAAGUACAAAGCAGUGAGUGUCAAUGAAGGCUAUAAAGUCUGUGAGAGGUUGCCAGCAUACUUUGUUGUCCCCACCCCUCUUUCUGAAGAGGAUGUGCAACACUUUCAGGGUCGUGGAAUACCAAUAUGGUGUUGGUCCUGCCACAAUGGAAGUGCCCUUUUGAAAAUGUCAGCACUGCCCAGAGAACAAGAUGAUGGCAUUUUACAAAUCCAGAAGAGCUUCUUGGAUGGCAUUUACAAGACCAUCCACAGGCCACCCUAUGAGAUUGUUAAAACUGAAGACCUGUCAAGCAACUUCUUAUCGCUACAAGAAAUCCAGGCUGCAUACUCUAAAUUCAAACAGCUGUUUCUCAUAGAUAACAGUGCUGAAUUUUGGGACACAGAUAUAAAAUGGUUUUCUCUGUUGGAAAGCAGUACCUGGCUUGACAUAAUCAGACGUUGCCUGAAAAAAGCAAUAGAGAUUACAGAAUGCGUGGAAGCACAAAACAUGAACAUUCUUCUUUUAGAGGAGAAUGCAUCUGACCUCUGCUGCCUCAUUUCCUCUCUGGUGCAAGUGAUGAUGGACCCCCACUACAGAACCAGGAUUGGUUUCCAGAGCCUUGUCCAGAAGGAGUGGGUCAUGGGUGGUCACUGUUUCUUGGAUCGCUGCAACCACCUCCGCCAGAGUGACAAAGAAGAGGUUCCUGUGUUCCUGCUUUUCCUAGAUUGUGUCUGGCAGCUGGUGCACCAGCAUCCCCCAGCGUUUGAAUUCACAGAGACUUACCUGACUGUUUUGUCAGAUAGCUUGUACAUACCAAUUUUUAGCACCUUCUUCUUUAAUUCACCUCAUCAAAAAGAUACUAAUGUGGGUAGGGAAAGCCAGGACACACAAAGCAAGCCUUUGAGUCUGCUCACCGUUUGGGACUGGUCUGUACAGUUUGAACCCAAAGCCCAGAUGUUACUCAAAAACCCUCUCUAUGUGGAAAAGCCAAAACUGGACAAAGGCCAACGGAAAGGAACACGUUUCAAACAUCAACGACAGCUUUCUUUGCCACUCACCCAAUCUAAGUCAUCUCCCAAACGAGGAUUUUUCAGGGAAGAAACAGAUCAUUUAAUUAAAAACCUUCUGGGCAAGAGAAUUAGCAAACUUAUUAAUUCUUCUGACGACCUGCAAGACAACUUCCGAGAGUUCUAUGACAGCUGGCACAGUAAGCCCACUGAUUACCACGGCUUGUUGCUGCCCCACAUAGAGGGCCCAGAAAUCAGAGUGUGGGCCCAGCGCUACAUGCGAUGGAUUCCAGAAGCCCAGAUUCUAGGUGGUGGCAGAGUGGCCACUAUGAGCAAACUCUUGGAAAUGAUGGAAGAAGUGCAGAGCUUACAAGAGAAAAUUGAGGAAAGACACCACAGCCAGGAGGUGCCCCAGGCAGAGGCCCCCUGCCUGUCGAGGAACUCUGCCCGCCUGUCCUCUUCAUUUCCUUUUGCUUUGCUGCAGCGACACUCCUCUAAGCCUGUUUUACCUACCAGCGGCUGGAAAGCUUUGGGAGAUGAAGAAGACUUGGCCAAACGAGAAGAUGAGUUUGUGGACCUAGGGGACGUGUGACCUGUCGUAAUUGUGAAAGAGGAGUAUGGGAGAUUGGGACAACUGAUCCCUGGAUUGGAGUCACGCUACAGUUAGUAGCUGUAGGACAGUCAUUAGCCCAGCGCUCUGUUGGGGGUAAAUCUGGGCAUUCAGGAAAAGUGCUGUUUCUUGUUAUUUUUUAUGGUUCUGAAAGACUAUGCAAUUAAAAGUGUUAUUAAAUUACUUGACCCAUAGCAGCAGGACUGUGGCGGUUUUCUGAUGCCUGAGUAUUAGAACCCACACUGGCUGGUUUACAAAUGGGAAGGGCUUCACUAAGAUUUUCUUGGACUUGAUGCAUCUUCAGAUCCUUUCUGUGCCAAGAUAAAUUUAUCCAGUCUUUGGAAAUAGUAAGUUUCUCUGUAAUCUUCAGUUAGGAGCAAAUUUAGCUUUAUGUGAUAUUUAUAUGGCAAAUUGAAUGAUUCAAAUAGAGGUAUUAAGAUACAUGGCAUUUACUUAAACCAUAGCAUUUUUCCUUUCUGUGUCCUCUUGCCUGUAGAAAAACUGGGAAAUUCCAGCACUGUCACUCAUCUUGACACUUCAUCCUCCCUCCUUCAUAAGCUGUGUCGAUUUUCAUGCUGGCGGUGGGCCAGCCAACACCUUACCUUCUCUCCUCUGCUGAUAGCUCCAGGUCUUUCCUCCACCUGCUCUGCACCACUCACUCUUGUCCCUCGCACUGCCACCUUGGGGCACAUGGUCUUAGUGUCCUGCUGCUAAACCAGAUGGUUAAACUGGGGGGAAUCUCUUUGACCAGAGGAGCUUCCAUCCCUCUGAAUCUCUCACUGUUUAGAAUGAAUUGCUUUGCCUUUUUUGGUGAUGUGCUUCUCUGCAGCCCCUCAGCCAGCUUCCUCGCGUUCUGUAACCCUUAUAGACUGGUGGGGUCACUUUUGAAUGUGGUUUUCAUAGGAAAGUAGGUAAACAUAAAUAUCAAAAGUGGUGAUUAUCAUGUAAUAAAUACCUCAGUGAUUUAAAAAGCCAUAGAAGAAACUUGACUAUGCCUGGUCACCUUCUUGGAUCUACUGUCUAAAUGAAAUAUAUAUAUAUAUAUUUUUUUUCUUUUUUAAAAUGUAGGAAAGCAUAUUUUGUAAGGAUUAGUUUUUUCAUUCUCAGUGGAACCCUGUCAAAUCCCACAAAGGAAAGGGGAAAGACACUCAUGUUAGAAUGUUUUAGAUUGAAUGUUUGCCUUUCAUACAGUUUGAUGUCCAGUUUGAAUAUUGUUUGUUUAGCAAAACUUUCAAUUGCUCAAUGGCAAUAAGAAAUUACUAUUGACGGGCGGCGCCUGUGGCUCAGUGAGUAGGGCGCCAGCCCUAUAUACCGAGGGUGAUGGGUUCAAACUCGGCCCCAGCCAAACUGCAACAAAAAAAUAGCCAGGCGUUGUGGUGGGCGCCUGUAGUCCCAGUUGCUCGGGAGGCUGAGGCAAGAGAAUCAUGUAAGCCCAAGAGUUAGAGGUUGCAGUGAGCUGUGACGUUAUGGCACUCUACCCGAGGGUGGUACAGUGAGACUCUGUCUCUACAAAAAAAAAAAAAAAAAAAUUACUAUUGACGAAGAGGAGUUUCUAGGUUUGCACUGAAUCGUCUUUUGUAUGUAGGCUAGGUUGUUCUGCUGUGCUCCCCACUCCAUUUUAACUCGAGAGCCAGAGUGGUCUGUUAGGAUGACAAAGGCCGAGGGGAGGGCAGGAUUCAUGCAUGUGGGGCCAAACACAUGUUCAGUCUUCAUUGCCUUAAGAGUUACAGCAAGGUCAGUGUUAGGCUUGCGGUAGGGAUCUUUUGAAGUACACUAACUAGUUCCUUAGCUACCUUCACGUACCUUCGAUGGCCCUUUUUAAGUUAGCACUAACCUCCACUCACUUUUCUGCCCCAUUGUCUCCCAAGUACACUAUGGAGCUAAAUAUUUUUACUAUAUUAUAACCUAUUUAUAUGGUAGCCUCUUCAGUCUUAGUAAUUUUCAUUCCAAAAAUGCCUGGUGUGAUGCUUUAUACUCACAAGUAUGGUUUAAAGGCACAAGGUCAUGGCCCUUGUCAUAGCAGUUGAAUGUGCAGUGAAAUAUUUUUCUAUGAUUUUUUUUAAAUAGAAAAAUAAGUAAGCUGUUGUAACAUGGUAAGGUCAUGACAGUUUUUGUAUUUAUAUUUGAAAUCAGAUUUCUAUAACUUGUAUUUGUGUACAGAAUUCUCAGUGAGUUUAUAUAUUGUGAAAUUUUUAUCCAAGAUUGAGAUGUGGAUCUUAUGCUUAAUUAGUAAAAGCUAAAAUGAGACCAUUUAAUUUGUUUAAAAUGCUGUAAUGUGCAAGUUUGGAAAUGUACAUUAAUUUACUGUAUAUAAUACCUUGAGUUUGUUUAUACCUCCAAGUUUUUACACUGAAGAUAAACUAGCUUUAAUUAAAUUCCAUUUUUUCUUUAUAAGGGAAUAAGCUGUUGGGCUAAAUCUGUAUAAAUAUGCCUUUUAUUUUCUGGAUGCACAAUGAAAGUUUAUACUUGUAUCUCACUGCGUCAUAUCUGAUUGCAGACAUUAAAGCACAAUUUACAAGCA